UGCUUCCCCUUCGCUAGCCCGGAAAGGAAACCGCAGGUCUCUCUGGUAGGCUGGCGCCGGCCGUGCAGUGCAUCAGGAUGCAGCGGUUGCUCCUUCCGCCGCUGAAGGCUCUGUCGGGAAGCCGCUGUGUCAGGCUCCUGGUCCCUAGGGCUCCGCCCAGAGCACAGUGUAGUUGCAACUAUGGCAGGCGUCCUCUGAGGCCAGGGCAAUACAGCACCAUCACUGACGUGGCUUUGCAGUCUGGAAUAGGUACAGUGGCCCUUCCUUCAAAGGCAGCUGAGCGGACAGUGGGCCGAUGGCUCCUGGUGUGCAGUGGAACAGUAGCUGGAGCAGUUAUUCUUGGUGGAGUAACUAGGUUGACAGAGUCUGGCCUCUCAAUGGUAGAUUGGCAUUUAGUAAAGGAGAUGAAACCACCCACAAGCCAAGAGGAAUGGGAAGCAGAAUUUCAAAAGUACCAGCAAUUUCCAGAAUUUAAAAUCCUGAAUCAUGAUAUGACACUGGCAGAAUUCAAGUUCAUCUGGUACAUGGAGUACUCACACCGAAUGUGGGGUCGCAUUGUUGGCCUUGCAUACAUCCUGCCUGCUGCCUACUUUUGGAGAAAGGGUUGGCUCAGUCGUGGCAUGAAAGGACGAGUUCUUUCCCUCUGUGGCUUAGUCUGUUUCCAGGGUCUGUUGGGUUGGUAUAUGGUGAAAAGUGGAUUAGAAGAAAAGCCAGAGUCCUAUGACAUCCCUCGGGUCAGUCAGUACCGCCUUGCAGCCCACCUGGGAUCUGCCCUGGUUCUGUAUUGUGCCAGCCUGUGGACCUCACUCUCACUGCUCCUCCCUCAGCACAAGUUACCUGAAACCCGCCAACUCCUGUGGUUGCGACGCUUAGCUGGUGGAACAGCAGGUCUGGUGUUCCUGACGGCACUCUCAGGAGCUUUUGUAGCAGGACUGGAUGCGGGGCUUGUUUACAACUCCUUCCCCAAAAUGGGAGAAUCCUGGAUCCCAGAUGACCUCCUCACCUUCUCCCCUAUCCUGAAGAAUGUUUUUGAGAAUCCCACCAUGGUGCAGUUUGAUCAUCGGGUUCUGGGAAUCACGUCCGUCACUGCCAUUACAGUGCUGUAUUUCCUCUCCCGGAGAAUCCCCCUUCCUCGAAGGACCAAGAUGGCAGCAGUGACUCUAUUGGCCUUGGCAUACAUGCAGGUGGCCUUGGGCAUUAGCACUCUGCUUAUGUAUGUUCCAACUCCUCUGGCUGCCACACAUCAGUCAGGCUCCCUGGCUCUGCUCAGUGGUGCCCUUUGGCUCAUGAAUGAACUCCGAAGAGUCCCAAAAUAAUGCUCAGGAUCACUUCCUGAGACUGAAACUGCUUUGGGAACUCGUGAGCAAGUAUAGGAACAUGGCCUUUUCUAGGAGGAUGACCUUGACAUGGCAAGUGGUUGCCAAGUUAGUCAAAUUAUUUAAAACUCUGCUUGUUUUUGAGACAAGUCACUGGAUCAAGAAUGUCAUUAGGUGUGGUUACACCAAAGGGUCCUUUUAAAAUCUGUAGCAGAAAGAAAUGUCAUUUGCUGCUUAGUAGGCAGUCUGACUUUUCUUAAAAGGGAGACCUUGGAUUUCUGGGUCCUUGUACCCCACAGUCCUGUCUACCAGCUAUACUGGUGGAGACAGCCACAGACUCAAGAACAGAUGCUGUAAUGGAGUUACUCAUUAACCCAACAUGCUGGCCUGUUGCCAAGGUCUAGGGUUGGCAGAUCUUCUGGACUAUAAAAGCUAAGAAACUAGAUUUUGCAGUAAAUCUUUUUAAAAAGAUUUUUAUGUGUAUGUAUAUUUGUGUGAAUGUAUAUAUGUGUGCAGGUGCCCAUAGAGACCAGAAGAGGGCAUUAGGUCCCCUGGAACUGGAAUUACAGGGGGUUGUGAGCUGCCUGAUAUGGGUACUGGGAACUGAACUUGGGUCCUUUGAAAGAGCAGCAAGUGCUCUUAACUGCUGAGCCAGCUCUCUAGCCCCAAAGUGAAUAUUCUUAAUUAAAUGUUAACAAUAAACAUCAAGUUUUAAAAACUUACAGAGGCUUAACAUGUCCAACAGACACAUGUGACCCAAAAUUGCUCGUUUGCAAUUUCUGAACUAGAUGAUCAGCUCCAAUAUUCUUGAGUUUUAGGCUAUCCUAAAAUGGACCAUUCUGUGGUGUUUAUUUUCCAAAAAUGCCACACACUAGUGGGCUUGUGCUAUUGCAAAGAAGUGGUUCCCCAUGCUUCUCACAUUAGAAUCUUUUUAAAAUCUCAAAAUUAAGCCUCAUUCAAGACCAACUAAAUCAAAAGCCCAAGGAACAGUAGUAGGCUAGUUUUGCGUUCCCCAUGUGACUCCAAAGUGCGUGUAAGUUUGGAGACCACUGGCCUGCGUCCUCCUAGUCUAGUUACCUUCUAAUAUUCCCAUUCCUGCCAAAUUUCUACCCCCACUUAAUCUGCUGGUUUAAUCUGCUCAUUUAAUCUGCUGAUCCUGUAUGUAUAUCGGGCUAUCCUGUCCUCUAGAUAGAAUCUUUAAAGAAGAGAGCUGUAGUCACCGGAGGCUCCCACACCGUCAUCUUCUGAUCCCCAAAUCCAUGUCAUCUUUAGCCAAAAGCAGUCAGAAGAGGGCAGUAGGAUCCAAUCAAAGAACCACAUACUAAAAAUCUUAUAGUUCACCCCAAGAAAGUGGCAACUCGUAAAUCAGUUCAAGAUUCAGAUGUUUUACUUUAUUUUUUAAUUACAGUUGAACAAGCUUGGAGAACAGAUCUGGCAUUUAGCUAUAUCACUGCAUUAUGCUGUCUAUGAGCUCCUGGUGAACAGAGAUCAUCUUAAUUAUUCUUGUAUGUGUGUAAUUCACAGUGUCACCAAACCUGCCAAACACUGAAUCAGGAAAGCAUGAAUCAAGGCAAAUAGACAAUUACUGAUUUAUGUCCCAGGAAAAGCCACUGCACACUUAGAGGACUGAAUGAAUUUCCUUUAAUACUUUCAACAGUCAACAGUUCUGUUAAUUUUUUUAACUAUAAAGGAAAUUAAAACGUAUUUUUAAUUACUUAACCCAGAAUUUUCUCUUUUCUCUUUCAACAGCUCAUGGAAAUUAGGACAUAAUCCUCACAACACCAUCUAAUGUUUAAAAACAUCUUAAAAUGUACUAUUGUGUGUGCCUGUGUAUGACGGGGAGUAUGCACUGUAUACUCACAUGGAGUCAGAGGACAACUGCAAAGAGAGUAUUUUCUCUAUUUAGAUGGGUUCUGGGGCGUGAACUCAGGUUGCCAGGCUUGUGUGGCAAGUGCUUUAAAAUGCUGAGCUUCUUUGCUGGCUCACAUUUUUCUCUUUAACCUAUACUGAGAUAUGCAUCCACUAUGGCAAGUCACUAUGGUGAUUAGCGUGCUAAGGGAAUUCACAGGAUUGUCUUCAAAUGGCAUUACAGGAUUGAUCUGGAAUACUCCUAAAGGGCCUGUGUUACAAAGGCUUGGUCCCCAGGGUGACAUUAUUGGGAGGUGGGUGAGACCCUAGUGGCUGUAGAUUCACAGAAGGUCAUUAAGUCAUUGACGGGCAUUUGAGUCCCAUCCUUUCUUGGCUCCUGGCCAUGGGCUGAGUAGUUUUGAUUUGCUGGGCCCUGCUGCCAUAAUGUACCUGCUACCUCCCACAAGCUCAAAGCCAAGAGGCCACCUGACCACUGACUGGAACCUUUAAAGCAGUGAGUCAAAAUAAACUUUCUCAUAAAUUAUCUCAGGUAUUUUGUUACAGUAAAUGGAAAGCUAACACAGCAGGGGAAAAUGAAUAGCAAGCUUCUGGAGGGUCUGUCAGCAGCUGCCCUACCUUAUGGGGAGGCUCGGGAGAAGAUGUAUCUUCAUGCAUGUCUGACAUACAUGCAUGACUAUAAAUAUCCUAUAAUUUAGAACUUUUUUUUUUUUUUUUCAGUCUUUUUUGAGACAGGGUCUCCCUGUAGCCCCAGCUGUCCUGGAA